UGAUUGAGUACAGACUUUGAAGUUCGUCAGAGUGACAGGUUCGAGCCUCUUACUGUGAGUCCGUCAGGUGGUGGAGUCCGACCGCUCCUGGAUAAACACGAGGCAGUUUAAAAACAUUACAAAGUCGUAGUUCAGCUAAGAGUUGAUGUUUUUUUUAUGACGGUGUCUGUUAAAUAUAUACCCAUAGUAUGACAGACGGGCAGCCCACGGAGACGGUUCAAAGGGGCGUAAUGAACGGUUCCGACUGAAUUGGCAAGUAAACGCACCAGAAGCGCACGUGGGGCAGAUGUCGACGCAGUUUGAACCAGACUUCGUCGCGAGUUUCUACGUCGUGCCAGAAACACAUGAAGAAGUGUAAAAAAAAAAAAAAAAAAAAAAAAAAAAAACCUAAAAGGAAACGGAUGUAUGACAAUGACCCACGAUGUGAACGCGACCAGACGCGGUUUGUUUUGUGUUUAUGUUUUUAAUCUCCUCUCGUUUACUUUGAUAUAUUAGCGACACGUGAGAGCCGCGAGCUAGUUUAGUUCACGUCACUGCUGUGUUUGGGAUUAUUCGGUGCGCUCUUUGGACCACAAAGUGUGACUUUUUAACCGACAGUAAGUGGACAAGUAUCUGAGACAGAAAACCAUGGGGACUCAGGGCACAGGACGGAAAAGGUCCACCAAGAAGGAGAGGUCGACGGCCGAAGACGAUGCCCUCAAUCUCAUAGCGAGAGAGGCCGAGGCCAGGCUGGCAGCCAAGAGGGCAGCCAGGGCAGAGGCCAGAGAGAUCCGCAUGAAGGAGCUGGAGCGACAGCAGAAAGAGCUCUCAGACGACGAUGAGCGGAUGUCAGUGGGAAGCCGGGGCAGCGUCAGGGUGGAGGACAGAGAUUAUCUUGAGAAGGGGUCUCGAGCAGCUUCUGCCUUAACAGCAGCAACCCUCACCUCCGUAGGCGCGACUUCCUUGCGGAGGGGAAGCAGCGAGACGGCUCUAACUAUCGAUGCAGAGACUUCUAUACGAGAAAUCAAGGAGAUUCAUGAACUGAAGGAUCAGAUUCAAGAUGUGGAAUCCAAGUACACGCAGAACCUAAAAGAAGUCAAGGAUGCUUUCGUGGAGGUGGAGGAGAAGUACCGCAAGGCCAUGGUGUCCAACGCCCAGCUGGAUAACGAUAAGAACAACCUGAUGUACCAGGUGGACACGCUCAAGGACUCGCUCAUGGAGCUGGAGGAACUGCUGUUCGAGUCGCACCGCGGAUAUGAGGAGAAGGUCAAGGACCACGAGCGCGAGAAACACGCCCACACGGUGCUUCAGUUCCAGUUCAGUGAAAUGAAAGAGACGCUAAAACAGAGUGAAGAGCUGCUAAACGACAUCCGCCAGCUGCGUAUCAAGCAGGAGGGUUUUGUCAGAGAAAUCUCUGACCUGCAGGAGACGGUGGAGUGGAAGGAUAAAAAGAUUGGGGCCUUAGAGCGACAGAAAGAAUACACAGACGCUAUUCGAAUUGAGCGAGAUGAGCUCAGAGAAGAGGCGGUGAAGCUGAAAGACAUUCUGAAGAAACAUGGAAUAGUACUGGGUCCUGAUCUAAACAUCAAUGGGGAGAUUGGUGAGGCAGAAGUGGACGGGUCCCCCAGUGCAGACCCUGCUACCCAACCGGCUCAGGACUCGCACACCGCCCCAUCGGAGGGGAACAGCAUGCUGGGCAACAGAGAGGACACUCCGUUGAGGAGUAGCAGAGAGGAAGAGGUGGAUCCAGAGCGCCGUCAAGAAAUGUUUGAGGAAGAAAAAGAGAAUCCUGCCAGCUGUGAUGCACUCUGUAAUGUUGCUGGUGUGUCCACGCUGGAGACAUCUAGCGAAGAACAGCCAACAGAAGAACAGACGUGCUUGAAAGAGGACAAUGUUGAAGAAAGUGGCCUCGGCAAGGACUUAAAUGUUGACAAUAUUGACCAAUCAAUCACAGAAGCCAAAUAUACAAUCAUUUGCAGUCCUGGGCUUAAAGAGAUUGUAACAAGUUCUGAGGAAAAUGUUCCAGAAACCAAAUCACCUAAAGGGGGAGAUUUAGGGGAAACGAGUCACCCAGAUUUAGGGGAGACAAGUCACCCAGAUUUAGGGGAGACUGAAACCAAAAGCAGUCGUGUUGACACAGAGGGUGAUGAAAUUAGAGAGCCAUGUAACAACCUUUUUGAGAAGCAAGAAAACAAACUGGAAGAGGAGGAAAGUAACUUGUUAAAUACAGAAUCAUAUCAUCAGCAAAAAGUUGCACAAGAUGUUAUGGCAGAAGGUUUACCUGAUGAGUCCGACCCAAAUGUGUCAAACACCGAACCUCAACAAGAGCCUGAGAAUGCCAAAGAGGCACAGGACGACGAGGCAGAGGAAAUAUCAGGUAAAUGUCAGCCUCAGGAAGCCGCUGCUUCAGGGAAGAAGAAGAAAAGGAAGAGGAGAGGCAAAAAGAAAGGAGGAACACAUGAGGAUAAGAACCAACAAAAAGAAGGAAUUGAUCAAGAAAAAGACAAAAAAGAAGUAGACAACGAAUCGGCAACAAGACACCUCCUAGAACCUGAACUCGACGGUUCUGCCACUGAAACUCUCAAGAAGUCGAUGGUGGAUCAAGUUAAGAAUGAGCAGGACAGGCGAGAAGAGGCAGUAGAAGCAGCAAAACCCACAGAAACCUUUUUUACCAAUGAACCUCUGAAAGAAUCUCUAGUGGAACUUGUUCCAGAUGAGCACGACAAAGAACAAAAGUUGGAGACUGAGAACUUAAAAGAAGCAGAACCCGGGUCAACUCCCAAGAAAGAAAGGUUGGAUAAUGUUCCGGAUGAACAGAACAAGGGACGAAGUUCAGAAACUGAAAUCGUAGAAGCAGUCGAGGCAGUGGCACCAGGUGAAACAUUUUCUCACGUUGAAACCCUCAACGACUCCAGAACAAAUGCCAAAAAGGACGAGGGACAAACUUUGGAAACUGAGAACGUAGAGGAAGUGGGAUCUAUAACAAGUCCUGUUCCAGAGACCAAACCCAGCACUUCUGAUCUUAUCGACAACUCUAAAGAUGCAGAAAGCACUGAUGGUCUUGACAGAGAGUGUUCUUCCAGUUUAGAUAACCCUAAAAGUGAAACUAGCAUCUCAACCACUGAAGAUGUCACCCACACAGAGUCAAAAAGUGAUAGUGUAGAGGAUGAAGUUGGGUUCAUUGAGAUGCAAUCUGAUUGUACAACUAAUAACCCUGAGAACACCCUUGAAACGAGCGAUAAGGAAAACACUGAAGAAUUGAAUGUUCCAAGCAAUGGUGACGUUGCUGCCGAUGAACCUGAAUCCACCAUCAUUCCUGAGAGUAGGGACAAGGCGUCUGUGUCCCAGUCCUCUACCGAUGUCUUCACGGACGCUCUUCUUCUCAAGAGCUUGUCUGGCUCAGAGUCGCCCGUAGCCGUCAACAUGGGCAGCGGUGUUGCUUCAAAAGAGGUUUUAGGUGGAGGUCCAGAGGAGGCAAGAGCAGAGACUGAGCAGGAAUCCUUUCCUCCUCCCAAUCCUGAUGGGGACGAUUCAGAGCCAAAAACAGAAAGAACCAAAAAGGAAAAGUUGAACGAAGGCUUGACGGACGCCGAAGAUUUAGUUAAGUCAGCCCACUCACGUGAUGGACAAAGUGAUAGUUGUGCAUUAUUGAUUAAGACCACCGAUGCCUUUGACUCUGUGAAGAGUCUGCUGGAGACAGUUGGCGUAGCACAGGCCAAACAACUGGGUGACGUACAAAGCCAGGAUCUGCCUGAGGAAUCAAAUGCCAAAGUGUCCUCUGAAACAGAAAAGGUCGAUACCAUUGACGUGUUGAAUACACCGGCCUCUCCAAAAGAAGUGACUGAAAUUGGGUCCUCGACAGAGCAGGACCACAGAGGGAAAGAGUCGACCGUUCCAGAACAUCCAAACAGUCAAAAGGAUCCGCAGAGCGAGACAGAGCAACUGCAUGAACCCGGCAAAGACAAGUCUGAGGAUGACGAUCCAUCUCAACCCUCUCUCCAGGACAACGAUGAAGAGGACGGGGACGAAGGACAUUCUUUUGAUUUCGAUGACGUGGACGUGGAGGCAGCUGUAGCAAGACUGAGAAAUCCAAAACAGGAAGAAGUGGAGGAGGGAGUUGAAGUCAUGCCCGAUGACCGCAGCAAUUGUAGUUUGUCCAAUGAGAAUAGACGAGCUGAGCCAGUUGAGAGCAUUGACGAGCAGGGUACGGUUGACGGGUGUAACCGGGUAGAGUCCCUCAAUACUGCUCCUCCAGACAACCAAACCUCCCACAGGGACGCCUUGUCCAAAGAAGGGGGGCAGGUGGUAAAUGCGUGUGAAAAGCAGAAACACAUUCCAGAGGAAGAAGUGGGUGUGCCAGAUGAGCACCGGCACAUUUCAGAGGGAGGACAGGGUUUGAGUGUUGGAGGACUGGGCGUUGUUGCAGAGGACAUUGUCCAGGUGGCCUCUCUGCCUGUAGAGGAAGCAUUAGAUGCCAUUAAGCAUGAGCUGCAGGGCCAAGAUUUACCAAAGAGAGCAGAACAGGUGGCCAGCAGUAAAGAGCCACAGCAGACAGGGAACGAUGUGAAGAGGAACAGCAAGAAAGGCAAAGGCAAGGGCAAAGAGGAGUGUAAGAUGUCUUAGCUUAUAGAUGGUAUAUAGCAUAGAUAUAUAUCAUUUAAUCAGGCUUUGCUUAGCUGUUUACAAAGUAGUACAAUAAAUAGGUGCCGCACUUUGAUCCUUCCCCAAAUGAAUAUACGGUUGAAUAUCAUUCAAUUAACUCCAUGUAAACAGUCCAAAGGACAGAUCUCAGAACCAGUAUCAGAAUGUAACCUGCUUGGUAACGGUAGAUCUUACUAUGGACAAUACUGCACUUGCUAUGUCAUUAUUGUUAUUGAUGCACAUAUCUCAUGCUGUUGCUUGUCAUGUGCUUGUCAUGUGUCGUGGAUGAAUAAUGUUGUAUCACAUAAUUUUCUCAUGCUACAAUUUCAGGAUUGAUUGAUUCAUUCCAUGGGUGUACAAUUGAAGAAAAAAAGCACAUGUUAAUUGGUAAUGGGUUAGUUAGCGAACUAGCUUGUACGUGCUCCUGCGGUAAUGUUAGUGGUUAAAAUGCAAAGUGCUUGGAGACCCUGAUCUGUUCUCAGGGAGUAAUUCAACUGCUGUUUGAAAGCCAUUACAUCUCCAAGAAUGGGAAGUGUAUCACACCUGUAUGUUUGCAUGUUAUUGCACUUAAUGAAAAGACAAAUGUCCAUGCCGAAAUGCCAAUAAAUACCCUGCUGUUACCCGUUUAAAA